AUGUGUGACGAAGAAGUAGCCGCAUUGGUCGUAGACAAUGGAUCUGGUAUGUGCAAAGCUGGUUUUGCCGGAGAUGAUGCACCACGUGCCGUCUUCCCGUCUAUUGUUGGCCGUCCCCGUCAUCAGGUAAAUAUUACUUAUAGUGAAUUAAUUAAUCAUACCUAAGUAAUUUAAAUUAUUAAUGCAUUAAUUUUUUUUUUUUUAGGGAGUCAUGGUCGGUAUGGGACAAAAAGACAGCUAUGUAGGAGACGAAGCUCAAUCGAAGAGAGGUAUUCUUACCUUGAAAUACCCCAUUGAACACGGUAUUGUCACCAACUGGGACGAUAUGGAAAAAAUCUGGCAUCACACUUUCUACAAUGAAUUGCGUGUUGCCCCUGAAGAACACCCAGUUUUACUCACAGAAGCUCCUUUGAACCCAAAGGCUAACCGAGAAAAGAUGACCCAGGUAAAUAUUUUGUUUUUUUACAUUUUGUACAUCGAGUACUUGAUAACUAUUAUAAUAUUAUAUAUAUGUAUCUUAACUAAUUUAAUUUAAAUGUACAGAUCAUGUUUGAAACAUUCAACACACCUGCCAUGUAUGUAGCUAUCCAAGCUGUACUUUCAUUAUAUGCAUCUGGUCGUACCACUGGUAUCGUCUUAGAUUCUGGUGAUGGUGUAUCUCACACUGUCCCCAUCUACGAAGGUUAUGCUCUCCCUCACGCUAUCCUUCGUCUUGACUUGGCUGGUCGCGAUUUAACAGACUACCUAAUGAAGAUUCUUACUGAAAGAGGAUACAGCUUUACAACUACUGCUGAAAGAGAAAUUGUUCGUGAUAUCAAGGAAAAAUUGUGCUAUGUCGCUUUGGACUUUGAACAAGAAAUGGCUACUGCUGCUUCGUCUAGCUCAUUAGAGAAGUCUUACGAAUUACCUGACGGACAAGUCAUCACAAUUGGAAACGAAAGGUAAAGUAUUUAUUCUUGGCACGUUCUUGAUAUCAUGUUCCUACUGUGUUAGCAACAAAUGUCUCAUAAUAUAUUUGUACUUUUCAGAUUCCGUUGCCCAGAAGCUCUGUUCCAACCUUCGUUCUUGGGUAUGGAAGCAUGUGGUAUCCACGAAACGACAUACAACUCCAUCAUGAAGUGCGAUGUGGAUAUCCGUAAGGACUUGUACGCCAACACUGUAUUAUCUGGAGGUACCACCAUGUACCCUGGUAUUGCUGACCGAAUGCAAAAGGAAAUCACUGCUUUGGCUCCAUCUACAAUGAAGAUCAAGAUCAUUGCUCCACCAGAACGUAAAUACUCAGUAUGGAUUGGAGGUUCUAUUUUGGCUUCUCUGUCUACCUUCCAACAGAUGUGGAUCUCCAAACAGGAGUACGACGAAUCAGGCCCAUCCAUUGUACACAGAAAGUGUUUCUAA